GGUUAUUAUUUUAAAAUGAAUUUAACUGUUAUUCAACGUUUUAUUGUGGCGAAUAUUUUGACUGUUAUUUAUAGCAGCUUAAUUGCAACCAGUACUUUGCUAAGUUCCUUAACAUAUAAACUUAGGAAUUUUGGUAAACAAAAGCCGAAAUUUAUUCCUCCAGCUAGUCUCACCGAUCCAAAGUACGGUGUACAUAAAUACAUUAAAGCUAAUAAUGUGAAAUUACAUUACGUAGAGAGUGGUGAUCCAUCUAAACCACUGAUGUUGUUCCUUCAUGGAUUUCCUGAGUUCUGGUACACCUGGAGGCAUCAAAUUGUUGAAUUUAAUAAAGAUUACUGUUGUGUGGCAUUAGAUAUGCGUGGCUACGGAGAUUCAGAAAAACCAGAAGGAAUAUCUUCCUAUAAAUUAGACGUACUCGUUGAAGAUGUGCGUGAUUUCGUACGGAAAUUGGGUCGGAACAAGUGCAUACUGGUAAGCCAUGAUUGGGGUGGUAUAGUGGCCAGCAAGUUUCGUGAUACACAUCCUGACCAUGUAGAUGGUAUAAUGAUGUUCGCAAGUAUAACUAGAGAAUCUUGGCAUCGUGAGAUUUGGAGCAACCUGGAACAGCAUUUUAAAUCAUGGUAUACUUUCUUUUUCCGCAUGCCGAAGAUACCCGAGUGGUCGAUGGAGAAUGGCGAUUUGGAAAUGUUUGAGACUUUGUUCAAACAUGAUGAUAAAAACGUUGAUAAGGAUACUAUCAAUUGCUACAAAUACACAUUCAGUAAACCUGGUUCCUUCUCGCCACCAGUAAAUUACUAUCGAGCAAUCUUCUCAUUGACAUGCCCUGAAAAAUAUAUAGAUAAUAACGUCCCAAUGCUUGUGGCUAACGCGGAGAAAGACACAGCGUUAGUUCCAAAUUUAUUGAAUCGUAUGAAGGAGGAAUACAAGUACAUAGAAACAAUGCUAGUUAAGGACAGCCAUCAUUUCCUACAAGAACAGGAACCACAAAAAGUCAACAAGAUUAUCAGAGAAUUCCUUGCUAAACAUAAGUUAUAGGUUCAGAUAAUAAACAAAUAUGUAAUGAUAAUAUAUUUACAUUUUUUUUACA